UCAGCAAUGACAGAAGGGUAGGCUUUAGGGGUGAUGGUGGCAGGAGAAUCCCAGCUCUGCUGACCUGAGCUUCCCAAAUUGUGAGACUCUCAUUUGAUAGAAUUCUUGAGUCCCCAGUGGGGAGGUCCAGCUCAGUUUUCCCUGGGGCAAGGAAGCCUCAGAGAGAAAGACACGCUUUGGGAUGGGUGGGGGCAGGGUGGAGGGAUGGCAAUGGAGAUGGGUAUGGGACACACUGCUGAGAGAUGCAAGGCAAUCUUAGGAGACAUGGAGGUAGAUGCCAGGGCCAGAGGGAGAGCAUGGCCAGAGGAUCACAUGGCAGGAUCCAGACAAGAGAAAAGGGGAGACUGAAACAGGGAGAGAGGGAGAGGACAGUGGAACAAAUAUGAGAUGGCACUGGGGGCAGAGGAGAGCUGGGUAACAGGAAGGCCAAGGAGGAAGGAAGGCUCACAUGGAGCAAUCUCCUCUUCCGGCUGUAAAGCGCGCUCCAGAAAGCCCCAGCAAAACCGGGAGCGAAGUGGGGCACCAGGUUCCCACCAGACUGAUUCAGCUGGAGGAGAAUCCCCCCAGUUACCCACCUCCCCUGCUUCUUCAUACUCCCAUUUCAGUUGGGGGAGAGGGUGAGGCUGCUCCUCACUGCGGUCACAGCCACAUCCUGCAGAGCAGGGGAGGGGGAAGUAAGAAGCAAAACAAGCAGAACCACCACAGGCAAAGACCAUGGGGAGCAUGCCCUGGAUACAUACAGCUGACGUGCCACCAGGGUGUCCUCAGCUCAGGCCCAGCAGAGGCCCAACACCUCUAGGACUCUGCAUUUCUCAGGCUUCCUCAGUGUGCUUCAACCUUACUGAGAGCAUUCCAAGGAAGGAGGCUGUCUUUGGAUUAUUUGGCCCACUUGGUAAAAGCCCACUUUUAUCAUUUGCUAGUGACUUUAGCCAAGUUGCUUAAUUUCUCUUAGUUUCAUUUUUCUCAUUGCAAACUAGGGACACCUCCCUUACAACAGGCUGGGAAGACAGAAAUAAUUCACAUAAAGCGCUUGGCACAUAGUAGGUUCUCAAUAAAUAUUAAGUUUUUUUUUUUUUUUUUUUUUUUUGUCUUUUUGUCUUUUUAGGGCUAUACCCGCAGCAUAUGGAGGUUCCCAGGCUAGAGGUCUAAUCAGAGCUGCAGCCACCGCCCCAUGCCAGAGCCACAGCAACGCAGGAACUGAGCCACAUCUGUGACCUACACCAUAGCUCCCGGCAACAAUGGAUCCUAACUCACUGAGCAAGGCCAGGGAUCGGAACUGCAACCUCAAGGUUCCUAGUUAGACUUGUUUCCGCUACGCCACAGCGGGAGCUCCUAGUUAUUAUUUUUAUCAGGACUCCCAGGACCCCUAUAUUUCUCACUUCUUUAAAGGUAGGACAGCACACUCCCUGACAUGGGCUUUUGGAGUCUGAAAAUCAGUUGUGUUUGACCUUGGGUAAAUUACUUAAUGUAAGCCUCAGUUUGCUCAGCUGUAAAACAAGGAGAGUAAUACCUGCACCUCACAGAAGUACAGUACCCAGUGUGUGUCCAAAAAUGGCAGCUAUGAGAACUACCUGCCAGGAACCAUGGAGUCCUUCAGCUCAAAGAGUCUGGCGCUGCAAGCGGAGAAGAAGCUACUGAGUAAGAUGGCAGGUCGGUCUGUGGUUCACCUCUUCAUCGAUGAGACGAGCAGCGAAGUGCUAGAUGAGCUCUACCGUGUGUCCAAAGAGUACACACACAGCAGGCCCCAGGCCCAGAGGGUAAUCAAGGACCUGAUCAAGGUGGCCAUCAAGGUGGCUGUGCUGCACCGAAGUGGCUGCUUUAGCCCCAGCGAGCUGGCCUUGGCUACCCGCUUUCGCCAAAAGCUGCGGCAGGGCGCCAUGACGGUGCUCAGCUUUAGCGAGGUGGACUUCACCUUCGAGGCUGCUGUGCUGGCCAGCCUGCUGACCGAGUGCCGGGAUAUGCUGCUGGAGCUGGUGGCACAGCACCUCACACCCAAGUCACACGGCCGCAUCCGCCAUGUGUUUGAUCACUUCUCCGACCUGGGCCUGCUCACGGCGCUCUAUGGGCCUGACUUCACCUCGCGCCUUGGCAAGAUCUGUGAUGGGCUCAGGAAGCUGCUGGAUGAGGGGAAACUCUGAGGGCCCUGAACCCAGCACAUUCCUUCUUGGCGAAAUGGCUGACUGAGAAAACAACAGAUAACGGGCUUUCUAACCCUACUCAUCCGCACUAAUGCCUUUCAGUCCUCAGGCUUCAGUCUUUCCCAAGAGUGCUUUUGACUCUGAGACCACCCCACCCCCAAACUGCUGGUGGAGAAGAAGCAAUGCCGAGGGUUGAAGCCUCUCUCCCACUCCAGCCCCAAGACAGGAAACAGAGCUGCCUGAAAAAGACGAAGUGAAACUUGGAUCUCUAUUUUUCCCAUAAGAGACGUUUCAAACAGGGAAGCCCCCUCCCCUCAGAACCAGGGGAAGAAGCCAUAGCCCAUCGAACUCCUCUGGGGACACUAAAGACAGGGGGCAGGGAGUGGGGGAAGGGGGCCCUUAGAGACAUCCUAGACCUUCAGCUCUAGGCAGAGCCUGGACAGAUACCAGGGGCUCUGCUCUAGAGGGCAGGAAGAAGGGCUAGGGCAGGGGAGAGUCUCACAGAGGAAAUAAAACUAUUCAAACAUG